UGACUCAUAGCACUACAUGUUUGUGACCUCAUGUUGAUUGUCUACAAUAGUUCAUGAACAGAGUUUAAAUCUGCGUGACUUUUUACAGGUCUUUUGAUGUUGAGACGGUCUGUUUACAUAAAGGGUUGUCAAACUAUACACCCUCCGAGCAAAUAUAACUGUAUCCAGGCAACCAGGGAGCCAUUAAACCUUGCCUGGCACAAAAACGCACCUGAAUGACAAAUUCUACAUGAGGCUGGGCUCUAAAUGUUAAGAUUACACUUUAGGCUACUGGUGCGUAAACAUGGCAUUAGGGACAUUUGGCGCAUAUCCUGGUUUUGUCACGAUAACAGGGGGGAGAUUAUGAGCACCACGGCAGCUGGUAGCAACUCGAUAAAGCAGCAAAGGCUGGCUAAUACACCCCUCUUUCAGUGAAUCUUCUGGUGCCGUCAUGCUCAAGUUGAGGAAAGCUGCUGCAGUGGAAAUGAGCGCUUGCGCAUGCAGGACAUGAUCCGGUUAUGUAAGAAAGAUAACGGGUUGAGCAGCCCGAGCAUUAUUAUUACCUGUAAUGUGUCGGGUGUAGAAGAUCAUCUCGUUUAAAUGAUGAUGAUGUUUAUCUGAUAUAACGUGUCCUCUUGUGUGUUUGGUAUAAAUAAACAUUCGUCCACUUUGCAUAUCCUAUAGGCCGUAAUACGCUCCGCCCGUGACAGCGCAUGACGCUAAAAGUUAAUUCUAGGGUUUAGGUUUCUACUGGAUUUCAUGUGAAGGAGGGCUUGAAGCAGAGCCCGCCCUCAAGGGGUCUAGGUCUGUUCUUGCCCAGCUUGGCGUGAGCAGCUUACACGUAAAUGAAACACGGAAUAGACAGUUCUGGUGCCUUGCGGAACUGAGGAGGCGCGCAGCGGAGAGAAGCUCCGAUCAUGAUUUAACCCACCGAAACACGCAGUCGAUCGGUGAUCUCUCGAUGGUUUUUGAAAUAAAAUUUUGGUAACUCUUCAGUGGAGCUUGACACUCAGUCGCAGAAGCAAAGAAGCUGAAGGGCAGGUCAAGCCAGUGAAGUCAAACGGAUCUUGCGAUGUUACCCGCGGAUGUAGAACCGGUCAUCAGAAGAAGUACGGCGGGUGCAGCCCCGGCCUUACCGAGCCAGCCUCCCAGUGAACGGGCAGUGAGUGUGCUGUGGUCCUUUGGAAAAUGCCUGGGUGCGCUUCUACCGGUGUACCUGGCCGGAUAUUAUGGCUUCAGCAUCAGUGUGAUCCUGUUCGGUCUGAUGAUCUACAUGGGAUGGAAACACGGUCGACAGGAGAAAAUGAUGAGGCACAAGUCUGCAAUGUAUCUUCUGGAGAACGAGAGGGAAUUUACUACUGCAACGGUUUUCAGAACCAAAAGCGAUUUACCUCCCUGGGUCAACUUUCCAGAUGUGGAAAAAGUGGAGUGGCUGAAUAAGAUCCUGCAGCAGGCUUGGCCUUUUAUAGGCCAGUAUCUGGAGAAGUUGCUGGUAGAGACCGUUGCUCCUGCCAUCCGCACUUCCAGCAUUCACCUGCAGACUCUCAGCUUCACCAAGGUCAACAUAGGAGACAAGGCUUUGAAGGUGGCUGGUGUAAAGGCUCACACAGAACAAGAUAAGAGACAAGUUAUGUUGGAUUUGUACCUGAGCUACGCCGGCGAUGUAGAGAUCAAUGUGGAAAUCAAAAAGUACUUCUGCAAAGCUGGAGUUAAAGGAGUCCAACUCCAUGGGAAGCUACGUGUGAUCCUCGAGCCUCUAAUCGGAGAUGUGCCACUGGUUGGAGCCGUCACCAUGUUCUUCAUCCGCAGGCCUAAACUGGACAUCAACUGGACCGGGCUGACCAAUCUGUUGGAUAUCCCUGGGCUGAAUUCCAUAUCGGACACUAUGAUAAUGGAUGCAAUAGCCUCCUACCUGGUGCUCCCCAACCGUCUCACUGUUCCCCUGGUGGCCGACCUGCACAUUGCGCAGCUCCGCUCCCCUCUCCCAAGGGGAGUCGUGCGUAUCCACCUGCUGGAGGCUGAGGACCUGACUGCCAAGGAUACAGUUAUCAGGGGCUUAAUUGACGGGAAGUCCGACCCGUAUGCCGUGCUGCGCGUGGGAACCCAGAUCUUCACCUCUCAUCACGUGGACAGCAACCUGAACCCCCAGUGGAGGGAGAUGUAUGAGGUGAUUGUCCAUGAAGUACCUGGUCAGGAGUUGGAAGUGGAAGUAUUUGACAAAGACCCAGACCAGGAUGACUUCCUGGGGAGGGUCAAGGUGGAUCUUGAUAUUGUAAAGAAGGCCAGAGUUGUGGAUGAUUGGUUCAAUCUGAGGGACGUCCCAUCCGGCAGUGUUCACCUCCGGCUGGAAUGGCUCUCUCUGCUGUCCUCUGCUGACAGACUGAGUGAGGUGAUCCAGAUGAACCAGAACCUGACCAGUAAGACAGCUGAUCCUCCAUCUGCCGCCAUCCUAGCUAUCUAUCUUGAUCAAGCUUCUCAGCUCCCGAUGAGAAAAGGUAAUAAGGACCCAAGCCCGAUGGUGCAAAUUUCCGUUCAGGAUACAACUAAAGAGAGCAAGACUUCUUAUGGGACCAACAACCCUGUGUGGGAGGAUGCCUUUACCUUCUUCAUUCAGGAUCCUCGCAAACAAGACAUUGACAUUCAAGUGAAAGAUGAUGAUCGUGCUUUCUCCCUGGGCAGUCUGACCAUCCCUCUGAGCCGUGUUCUGGCAACCCAUGAACUCACCAUGGACCAGUGGUUCCAGCUGGAGAAUUCUGGUUCUGCCAGCCGCAUCUACAUCAAAAUUGUGCUACGGGUUUUAUGGCUGAGCGACAAUACCUCUCCUACAACUCCGUCUCCUCGCCCUUCACCCUCUGAGCCCGGGACGGGUCAUGGGGGAAUCACAUCAGAACUGGACCCUGUGGGGCCUGGUGGGGUAACUAAACCUCAACCAACACGACCGCAACACACCACACCCGACCCUGACUUUGCAUCUGAGGGAGUGCUGCGAAUCCAUCUGGUGGAGGCCCAAAACUUGAUAGCCAAGGACAACUUCAUGGGGGGCAUGGUGAAGGGGAAGAGCGACCCCUAUGUUAAGAUCCGUGUGGCUGGUAUCACCUUCCGCAGCCACACCAUCAAAGAGAACCUCAAUCCCACCUGGAAUGAGCUCUAUGAGGUGAUUUUGACCCAGCUUCCUGGUCAGGAGAUCCAGUUUGAGUUGUUUGACAAGGACAUCGAUCAGGAUGACUUCCUCGGAAGGUUCAAGCUUAACAUACGCGAUAUCAUCAGUGCACAAUUCACUGAUACGUGGUAUACUCUGAAUGAUGUGAAGUCAGGCCGAGUUCAUCUGGUGCUGGAGUGGCUAUCCAGAGUGUCUGACCUACCCAGACUGGAGCAGAUCCUGCAGUACCAGUCUCAGAAGUCAUACCAGAACAAGGUUGUGCCAUCAUCAGCUGUGCUGUUUGUGUAUGUGGAGCGUGCCCACGGCCUGCCACUGAAGAAAAGUGGAAAGGAGCCAAAAGUUGGAGCUGAGAUAACCCACAAAGGCGUAUCACACCGAACCAAGGUCUGUGAGCGCUCCACAUCUCCUCGAUGGGAUGAAGCCUUUCACUAUUUGGUCCGUGAUCCCAGAGAUGAAACACUCACAGUCAAGCUCUCCCACAGCUGGGGCCAGGCUCUUGGAUCAUUGACACUUCCUCUCAGAGAGGUGCUGGCUGAGCCGGGGUUGGUGCUGGACCGUUGGCUCACUCUCGAUGGAGCUCUGCCAGAGAGCCAGAUACUUAUGAGGGCCACGCUCAAGAUCUUGGACACUCAGCUGGCGGUGUGUCGUAAGCCUCCAGGAGACGGAGGUAAUGACGGCAGCGUAGAAGAAGUCAUCCCCAAGUGGGAUCCUUCUCAUCUAGACCUCAGACACAGAGGUGGAUUCGCCUUAGGCAGUGAUAACGCAAGCGCAGCAGGUCAGGUGAAGCUUACCGUCGCCUAUUCCACAGACGAAAACAGGCUUUUCAUCACCGUUCAUGCCUGCAGAGCCCUGGCAGCCUGCUCCAAGGACGGUGCAGACCCUUAUGUUUCCUUCAUCCUGCUGCCUGACAAAAAGGCUACCACCAAGAGGAGAACUGCCACCAAGAAGAGAGACCUCAACCCAGAAUUCAACGAGAGGUUUGACUUUGAUUUCUCUCUGGAGGAGUCCAUGCAGAGAAGACUGGAUCUGUCCGUGAAGAACAAUGUCUCCUUCAUGAGCAGAGAGAGGGAGCUUAUCGGCAAGUUGCUGCUGGACCUGGACCAAAUUGACCUCAAGACUGGUGUCACACAGUGGUACGAUUUGGUUGCAGAGGCCAACUAGAAGAAUCAAUGCUGAUCUUCACCACUAUAUAGCAUUAAGUGUUGCUUCUGUGAUCUGUGAUUUCUGUGUUUGUAUAUUCAGCUUAAAUGAAAACUUCCACCAUCACUGAAGAAAAAAAAAAGAAGACAACAUAUCCACUGCACAAAAAACACGUUCCAUCAGUAUUUAUGAGAGGAAACUUUACAUGUAGCUUAUCAUCCAUAAAGUGUUCACUGUGCUGAAUCCAGAUUCUUCAGUAGAAUAUUUUGGCUGAAUAGAUAUUUGAUAAUAAUGCAGCUAUGUUGCACAACCUACCAAGUUUAUAUAUGUUCAAAAGCAUGUAAAAGUCCUAUUUGAGUUUUAUUUACAAAAGGGCUCAUGCUGUGGUUAAUAUCCAAAUGUAAUGACAAUGUUUUACAGAUUUACAGCAUCCAACAAAACUGAAAGAGAUUCCUUUGAAUUUUAAUUUUUUUACAAUCUUCAAACAAUUCCCAAUAUUAACUUUGUUUAUAUGCGUUUAUAUUAUUGCCUUAAGUAUUACAAAACUGUGCACAGUUUGUCAGUGUUUAUGGAUUAUGUUUCAAAUGAAGUUUUAUAUGUUUUAACCAGAGAAAAAGUUGCUUUUGUAAAUCAAAGUAUUAAAAACCUAGACCCUCACUCUUACCACUGAAAACAGAGGUAUGAUACUGUAAGCAGAGUCUAAAUCACUGUGCUUUUAUGAAGAGAAAACUUUGUAGAUAUGGAAAACUCAUGGCUAGUGUUUUAACACCCAUGCUUCUUUGUGUUUGUACGUGUUUGUAGCGCUAAAUGCAACAGGCUGACACUGUCGGCCGUUAUACUUUAUUUUUCAAGCAAAACAAUUAUGAUCUUAUGAGAAGUUAGCAAAUAUUGUAUGUAAGCAGUGGGAAAGCCUCCAGGCUUCCACUACUGUCACCUCACCACAAAGACUUGGACACUGAUUUGUGGUCAUGGAAUAGAAAAUAGUGUUUAGUGUCAAAACUAAAGAAGAAAACUGCUGAGCUUUGACAUUAUUUGAACAUAUCAUCAUGUAUCAGCUUUUGAAGUUGUUGAUUAAAGUUUGCACUCUCAUGAAUCAAA